CGCGCGGCUCCCUGGGCUGGAGCUCGCCUUCGCUUUUCCGAACGGCCGAGAACUCUGCCUGCAGCUGCGGCGACGGGAGCGGAGAGGGGCCACCGUGGAGAGCCCAGUCCCGGCCCGGCCACAGCGGACCCCUGCUGCCAAGAGGCCCCUGCUGCUUCCCCUGCCUGCCCCUGACUCCUCAGGGCUCCUUUGGAGGGAUCCUCCCACCGCAACGAGGAUGGCGAGGCCGGUCUGCCCCUGCCUCUGCAGCUCUUUGGYCUUGCUUGCCUUCCUGCCCUCCCUGAGCCUGGCGCAGUACGAGAGUUGGCCCUACCAGCUCCAGUACCCCGAGUAUUUCCAGCAGCCAGCUCCAGAGUACCACCAGCCCCAGGUGCCUUCUGAUGUGGCCAAGAUCCAGGUGCGCCUGGCAGGGCAGAAGCGGAAGCACAGCGAGGGCCGCGUGGAGGUCUACUACGACGGCCAGUGGGGCACGGUGUGCGACGACGACUUCUCCAUCCACGCGGCGCACGUCGUCUGCCGAGAGCUGGGAUAUGUGGAGGCCAAGUCCUGGACGGCCAGCUCCUCCUACGGCAAGGGCGAAGGGCCCAUCUGGUUGGACAAUGUCCACUGCACUGGCAAAGAGGCGACCCUGGCAGCCUGCUCCUCCAAUGGCUGGGGUGUCACCGACUGCAAGCACACAGAAGACGUUGGCGUGGUGUGCAGUGAUAAAAGGAUUCCUGGGUUCAAAUUUGACAAUUUGUUGUUCAACCAGAUAGAGAACCUGAACAUCCAGGUGGAGGACAUCCGGAUCCGCCCCAUCCUCUCAGCCUUCCGCCAUCGCACACCCGUGACAGAGGGCUACGUGGAGGUGAAGGAAGGCAAGUCCUGGAGACAGAUCUGUGACAAGCACUGGACGGCCAAGAAUUCCCACGUGGUGUGUGGCAUGUUCGGCUUCCCCGGAGAGAAGACCUACAACACCAAGGCAUACAAGAUGUUUGCCUCUCGGAGGAAGCAGCGCUACUGGCGGUUCUCCAUGAACUGCACCGGCACGGAGACYCACAUCUCCAGUUGCAAGCUGGGCCCCCAUGUGUCUCGGGACCCUGUGAAGAACAUCACCUGUGAGAAUGGACAGCCAGCUGUGGUCAGUUGUAUGCCUGGCCAGGUCUUCAGCCCUGAUGGGCCUUCGAGGUUCCGGAAGGCCUACAAACCAGAGCAGGACGGUGUGUCUCUUCAGCAACCCCUGGUGCGGCUGCGAGGUGGUGCCCAGGUCGGGGAGGGCCGAGUGGAGGUGCUCAAGAACGGAGAAUGGGGGACCGUCUGUGACGACAAGUGGGACCUGGUGUCRGCCAGCGUGGUCUGCAGAGAGCUGGGCUUCGGGACUGCCAAAGAGGCCGUCACAGGCUCCCGGCUGGGGCAAGGGAUGGGACCCAUCCACCUCAAUGAGGUCCAGUGCACGGGGACGGAGAAGUCCAUCAUAGAGUGCAAACUCAACACGGAGGCCCAGGGCUGCACCCACGAGGAGGACGCUGGCGUGAGAUGUAACAUCCCUGUCAUGGGCUUUCAGAAAAAGCUGCGCCUCAAUGGGGGCCGCAAUCCCUAUGAGGGCCGAGUGGAGGUGCUGACAGAGAGAAACGGGUCCCUCGUGUGGGGGACGGUGUGUGGCGAGAACUGGGGCAUCGUGGAGGCCAUGGUGGUCUGCCGGCAGCUGGGCCUGGGGUUCGCCAGCAAUGCCUUCCAGGAGACCUGGUAUUGGCACGGGAAUGUCUACACCAACAAAGUGGUCAUGAGCGGAGUGAAGUGUUCGGGAACGGAGCUGUCCCUGGCUCACUGCCGCCACGAUGAGGACGUGGUCUGCCCCCAGGGUGGGGUACAGUAUGGGGCCGGAGUCGCCUGCUCAGAAACGGCCCCUGACCUGGUUCUCAAUGCCGAGAUGGUCCAGCAGACCGCCUACCUGGAGGACCGGCCCAUGUUCAUGCUGCAGUGCGCCAUGGAGGAGAACUGCCUCUCGGCCUCGGCCGCCCAGACCAACCCCACGACGGGCUACCGCCGCCUGCUGCGCUUCUCCUCCCAGAUCCACAACAACGGCCAGUCCGACUUCCGCCCCAAGAACGGCCGCCACGCCUGGAUCUGGCACGACUGCCACAGGCACUACCACAGCAUGGAAGUGUUCACCCACUAUGACCUGCUGAACCUCAAUGGCACCAAGGUGGCAGAGGGCCACAAGGCCAGCUUCUGCUUGGAGGACACAGAAUGUGAAGGAGACAUUCAGAAGAAUUACGAAUGUGCCAACUUUGGUGAGCAAGGCAUCACCAUGGGCUGCUGGGACAUGUACCGCCAUGACAUCGACUGCCAGUGGAUUGACAUCACCGACGUGCCCCCUGGAGACUACCUGUUCCAGGUUGUCAUCAACCCCAACUAUGAGGUCCCAGAAUCUGACUUCUCCAACAACAUCAUGAAGUGCAGGAGCCGCUACGAUGGCCACCGCAUCUGGAUGUACAACUGCCACAUAGGUGGUUCCUUCAGUGAUGAGACGGAACAGAAGUUUGAACAGUUCAGUGGACUCUUAAAUAACCAGCUCUCGACGCAGUAGAGAAGGCUCCUGGUCACCUCCCGUGUUCAGGUCACAGUACAUCUUCCCUGSGAGGACUAAUCACCGCAGCCUGCCCCGUGCAGACCCAGCUCAGGAGGAGGGAGCUCCCUCGUUCACCAGGUGCUGCUGCCUGACCUCUGUGGCCUCRGAAGGCCUUGGGGGCUGGGACUUGUCCGAAGGGCUAUGGGAGCAGUUCUGAGAUCCAGCCUUAUCCAGGACCCUGGGUGGUAACGCAGGCUGUCAUCAGCUUGACCCACCCAAGCUGUGGUCCACCCUGAGUCUGGCACCACCAGACUCUGCGCAGAUCAUAUAGGACUGCUUUAUUCUCCAGUUACACGUGGGCAAAUGUGAGCUUCUCAGCCCAGAGGUGGUCAGGCUAAAUCCCAUUGCUCCUUCUCUUAGGUCAUUUCCAGCUAACUUGAAUAUCUCGACCUCUCUUCCAACUAAGCCAACUGCCUCUAGUCAAUUUUAGUCACACUUAUUAAGUACAGUAGUCCCCCUUAUCCACAGGGCACAUGCUCCAAAACCCCCAGUGGAUGCCUAAAACCACGUACAGUAUUGAACCCUAUAUAUACUGUUUUUUCCUAUAUAUACAUAUCUAUGACAAAGUUUUAUUUAGGCACAGUUAAAAGAUUAGCAACAAUAGUUAAUAAUAAAACAAUUAUAACAAUAUGCUGUAAUAAAAAUUAUGUGAAUAUGGUUUCUUUCUCAAAAUACCUUAUUGUACUUUCAUCUUUUCACUUAAAGAAAGCACUUUAUGGCUUCUCUUUGGCAUAUCCAAAUCACCAGCAUCAUUACUCUUGUGAUUUGAAGCCAUUAUUAAGUAAAAUCAAGGUUACUUGAACAUAAACACUGUGGUAUUUUUACAGUGGAUCUGAUAACUGAGAUAGUUACUAACAAGUGGGUAGUGUAUACAGUGUGGAUACACUGGACAAAUGCGCCUCCCAGGUUAGACAGAGCAAGAUGGUGCAAGAGCUCAUCAUGUUACUCAGAAAAAGCAUUCAAUUUAACUUAUGAAUUGUUUACAUCUGAAAUUUUACAUUUAUAUUUUUGGACCACAGUUGACUGUAGGUAACAAGCCACAGAAAGAGAAGCCUCAGAUAAGGGAGGACUACUAUAUAGAUGCCACGUGUUUUCUAAGUGAGCUCAGAGUUGGUGCUUUCCCCCUGCUCCCUCUUACUUUCAAGAUACCAUUAUUAUAUGUUCACAAACUUUGAAACACAAAGUAACUUAGGGGCAUUCAACAUCAGGCAUCUGAGCCUUUGAAAAUAUAGCUCAAA